UUGCUCUAAAAAACACAAAACCAACACAAUGGAAGAAGACAUGGAUGAGGGACAGACCCAGAAAGGAUGCCUUGAAUGCUGCAUCAAAUGCCUGGGUGGGAUCCCAUACCCAUCCCUCAUAGCCACCAUCUUGCUCUACGCGGGCGUGGCUCUGUUCUGCGGCUGUGGACAUGAGGCACUGACUGGCACCGUCACCAUCCUCCAGAACUACUUUGAGGUGGUGCGGAGCCCCGUGGACGCACUGGACGUCUUCACCAUGAUUGACAUUAUCAAGUAUGUGAUCUAUGGCAUUGCUUCGGCUUUCUUCGUCUACGGGAUCCUGCUGAUGGUGGAGGGCUUUUUCACUAGUGGAGCCAUUAAAGACCUGUAUGGAGACUUCAAGAUCACCACCUGUGGACGUUGCGUCAGCGCUUGGUUCAUCAUGCUGACAUACAUCUUCAUGCUGGCUUGGCUCGGAGUGACGGCUUUUACCUCUCUCCCAGUCUUUAUAUAUUUCAACAUCUGGAAUAUUUGCCAAAACGCUACUUUCCUGGAGGGGGCCACACUCUGCUUGGACCCACGCCAGUAUGGUAUUGUGCCAAUUGCUGAGGCGAAAACAGUGUGUGCUGGAACAGAGAAAUUCUACAAGAUGUGUGAAUCCAAUGAGCUUGACAUGACAUUCCACCUGUUCAUCUGUGCCCUUGCUGGAGCAGGAGCUGCUGUCAUUGCUAUGAUCCACUACUUGAUGGUGCUGUCGGCCAACUGGGCCUACGUGAAGGACGCCUGCCGGAUGCAGAAGUACGAGGACAUCAAGUCGAAGGAGGAGCAGGAGCUUCACGACAUCCACUCCACUCGCUCUAAGGAGCGUCUCAAUGCCUACACAUAAAGACCAGCGUGAGGCAUGGCCCUGCCACUCCGGCCUCUCUCCCUCUCUCUCUCCUCUGUCUUUCUAUCUGUCUCUCUCUACCAUCCCCUCCCGAGGGGGGGCGGAUGGCGCCUAGGGCCCUCGCCACUGCUGAUGUCACUGGUGCGUCAUAUGACAAUGUGGUCUGAGGGGGGAAGUCACACAAACCUCCUCAGUCACAAACAGCAUUUCAGAUGAAA